AUGGUUUUCUCAGGGCUGGGCUUCAACAUCGUCGGCGGGACAGACCAGCAGUAUGUCUGCAACGACAGCGGCAUCUACGUCAGUCGCAUCAAAGAGAACGGGGCUGCGGCCUUGGAUGGGCGGCUCCAGGAGGGUGACAAGAUCCUCUCGGUGAACGGGCAAGACCUCAAGAACCUGCUGCACCAGGAUGCCGUCGAGCUCUUCCGCAAUGCAGGCUAUGCCGUGUCCCUGCGGGUGCAGCACAGGUUACAGGUGCAGAAUGGGCCAAUAGGACAUCGAGGGGAAGGAGAGCCAGCUGGUCUCCCCCUAGCUGUGGUGCUGGUGCCAGCGUUUGCCUUCACAAUGGCAGUGGCCUGGGCCUUCAUGAAAUACCGGCAGCAGCUCUAAAAACCUUGCUUCUUCCCGUGCUCCUGAUGAAGAAACAUCUCUCUCUUUCUCUCACCCUCCUACCCUGCCAGUCUUCCUACAUAUCUCCUUUCUCUCUCUGCAAAUCCCCACACAUGAUUUAAAGAGACUGCUACCCAACCAGAACCUUGCUGUUCAAAAUUUCCACAGCUUAAUGUUCAUGAGAGAACAGAGGGCAGUGUCUGAAGAAACAAUCAGGAGUCCUGUACUGUCCCUAGGAUACCAAUGAAAGUCAGCUACAAUCCAAAGAAGGAAAGAUCAGCCUUUUUCUUACUGUCUUUCUUAACCUGCAUUCCUCCAAGGCCAGCUGUGUGGUAGAGAAGUGGCAGGAGAGGAAGAAACGAGGUUUCCUGGUAAUGAUCUUCCUAGGGGAGUUUUUAUGACCUUCCCUUAAUUUCAAGCUACAUAUUUCGGUGCCUAUAUCAAACAAAGGAGAGUGAGGAAAGUAUUUCAUUUUUUUUUUUUUUUAAAGCAAGUUGUGUGUGUGUGUAUGUACACGGUAUACAGUGAUGCUUGUGGAGGUGGUUAGCUACUCUGGUUUUUAGCUUUCUGAUAUAAAUAUUCAAAUAUUUCUGAUAUUUGAAUUUGGUGGGAGUGAGAGACUGAGGAUUAAGUGAGAAUGCCCAAUCUGAGUCAUUAAAAAGAAAGGGAAAGUGAAGCUUAAUAAUUAAAAACCUGAGAAUACUAUUUCUUCUCAUAGCAGCAAUAGGAAGUAAAACAGGAGAUGAAGUCCCACACUCUAGCUUUGCACACAUCAAUCUGUUGCAAAAGUUGUGGGAUACAAAGGUAAAUCUUUCCAAGCCCUGGACUACCCUAGUGGCACGUUUAAGUACCUCACAGUCUUUUAGGAGGGUGAGUUGAGAUGAUGGUGAUCAGAACUGUGAUGGUGGUGUCAAGCCAACCCAGCAGCAAACUCAAAAAGGGAAAACGACUUCCAAGGUGGCACCUACACUUGGACUAUGGACCUGAGACCUUUUGGUUUCUGGUUGCAGGCGAAAUCUGAGAGACGGGUGUUUCAGAGCUGCACGGGCAUGAAAUCAGGUCUACUCCUGCGCCUCCUGGUUUAGAUGAAGGCCUUUGAGUACUGACUAAUGCUAAUAUCAGCCGGGGUGAGGAAGAAACUAGUUUUCCUUGCUUGAGGCAACAGGUGGCAGUUUCAUGGGGAAUCCUUGAGAAAGAUGAUAAAGAUGCGUGGAUUUAGGGACUAGUCAGGAUAUUAAUGAGAUACCCUAGGAGACUUGUGGAAAACUGGUUUUAAACCACUAAAGAGAGCAGAGCCAACACUAACUUUCUGACUCUUUAACAGUAUUUCUGUCCUCUCGAUGAGCUGGCCAGGUUGUAGAUGGAUAAAAUUGAGGGUAUGAAGACUUUUCUCUCAGGCAGCCGGUGGCAUCCAAUCUUUACUACAGAUCUAGUGAUUAUUUUACAGAUGUUGAUUGGAUACCAGCCUUGUUAAGACACAUUUUCAAAGAAGUAGAAUAAAUAGUCUUGGUGUAGUGGUACAAGAACUUUGGUGCACAGGCCCACUGUGUUUCUACAGUCUCACGGUGCUGUGAAUCAAUGUUAAAUCAGUCUCAGGCUUUUAUUAAAUAAGCAGGAAGCUAAUCACAACAUUAAAAAAAUUAAUAAGUGUGACCUCCAUCUUAAAGGUUUUUUUUUUUUUUUGAGUUGGAAGGGGGUGGCUCUCAGUUGGGAGUAACACUUAACACACAUAAAAAAACAAUUGCCAGGUAAUGUAAGUUACUGUCAAGUUCAUGUCGUAGAAAGCAAAACAGUCACGGAGAAUCAGGACACUUUGGAGAAAGUUCUGGGGAAGGAGGGUACAAGUUACGGAUCCUUGAGAAACUCGCCUGCAUGAGUAAAGAGAGUUCACAUGUGGAUGAGAAAUUUAAAAGCAAACCAUCAGGUUAAGUGACCGUUGAGAGCAACAGUAAGAGCAGUGGUCCUUUUCAGAACAUGACACCUAAAUUGGCUGUGCUGACAACCAGCACAAAUUUUUGAGGCCCUAGAAAAACCGAAGCUGUCCCACACCGACGUGGAGCCAGAACGGGGAGGCAAGACUUGUGGGAAAUAAAUAAAUAAAAAAAAAUUCAGCCUUUGUGAAUCAGCUGUUGGCACGGAGACAAGCUCACUUUAAACAAAGUUGAUGUGACAUGUGCCUUAGAUGUAGACCAGGUAGCCCCUCUGCGACAGUAGCACUCACAGGUUCCACAGGAAAACGGGCGACAGUCAGGUUCAGCAGUCAAGCAGCCCCGUAGCGGAGGGAGCGCCCUGAGUGCCCUGUCUGGAGACACAUCCAGCACCUACGAUGGGCCGCUUCCCUGCCAGGAGUCACUUGGGUCUGGACACUCACUGCAGUGGCCAGCAGGAAAGAAAACUGUUUUAAUGUUGCAUUUAGUUACUAUAUUUCAUUAUAGAAAUGAAAAGGAUAUGCAGUCCAUCAUCGGCAUGUUUUUCUCUGAUUGAUAAUAGAGAUUCUGAUGUGCUUUAGUUAUUAUUUAGGCUUUCUCUGGCAUUCUCUUGUAUUUAGAGAUCAGAGUUGUAGGCAUCUGUGCUGUUCAGUCAGUCUUGUUGCUAACCAGAGCACUGUACUCCGCUUUGGCUUAUGGUGAGACCAGGGAUUGAACGUGGAACCUCUUGUACCUCAGGCAUAACGGUCUGUUGUGGUGUUGAGGUUGCUAUUACCCUGGCCCCAGUCAAAGUCUUAUUUCUGGUUCUCUGUAAAACAAGAUGAUAAGGGCGGUACUGGGAUUCAGUAUGGGUCAUUAAAAAUUCAUGCUGUUUGCAUAGAUUCUAAUGUUCAUAUCACUUUAUAGAUUUUUCCUUAAAUUCCUGUCACUGAAACUAAGUUCUAAAAAAGCUUUUCAAGACCAUCUACUUAGCACUUCUCUGUAUGCGUCAUUCUGUGUUAGACUUACACUUGUAAUAAGGCAUUGCUGGCUUAAUCCUCUGUUCCUGCCAACUUUUAACCUGUGUUACUGAUUUCACUUAAUCACAUCAUCUAGUUACGUGUCAUGGAAAAAGGAAAUGAACACUCAUUUCUGUGCCAAAUCCUGUCCUAUACCCUGAUUGGCGCACUAUUUCUUAGUGUCUCACACCUCUGACAUCUUUUUAAGUAUUGUCACCAGAGGAAAGAUGAUUCAUUUUCCUAAGGUUGUAUAAGCAGCCAUAGAAUCAGGGUUGACACUGAAGACUAUAGGUGUCAUUGGCGAUGAGAAUUCCUCAUUGGCCCUAAUAAUAGUAAUAUGUUUCUGGGCAAAAACAUCAGUGUUACUUGAGAACUUAUUAGAAAACAACAGAUUCUUGGGCUAUACCCCAGAACUAUGGAAUUAAAAAUUGAGUAAUAUAUACCCGAUAGUCUUUGUUUGAAUAAUCCCUUCAAGUUGUUACUUCACACUGGCAUUUCAGAGUCACUGCUGUGUGCUAAGUGUCGCCUUCUUUUUCUCAGGUUAGAAUCUCUGCUUAUAAAAUAUCUUGUGCCUAGUCCAUACCAGUUACAAAGAAUUUCCGGGGUGGGCUCAUGACAGUAGUAAAAUAAAGUUUACCAUGUGAUUCCAGUUUGCAGUAUCAAUAAAAAGCCCUUUGACAUUUGAAGCUAGACACUAUUCACAUGACUAAAGUUGUAUGCUGGCCUUGGCUGCAGUCAGAGGUGAGAAUUUCAUGUGGGCCUAGUUUCUGGAGCCCUGCUCUCCUCAGGCUGCCUGAGGUAUUGGUGUGGACUAAGACGGAGAACAUCCCUUAGCUUCUGAUUAGCUAAAAAUUGACCCACCUUCAGCAAAACUGUGUUGGUGAGUAUCUGAAUUUGUGCAUCUAUCAGAACUAAACCCAGAGCAUUGGCAUGAAGAGGGAACCAGAACGAUUCUAAGGUAAAUCUGCUUCAGAGAUGAGAACAACCGAGUAACUCAUCAGACUUAGUCUGCUGCAGAGAUGCCCUUUCUGUCUCCCUUCAAGCCCCCCCUCCCCCCCAUGGUGAUUUGACACAUGUAUGAUUUCAUUGCUCCCAGGCCAACUAUGUGCUAAGUGCUGAACGUAAAGAUAAAGUCGUUGAAAGUUAAAGUAACUCAUCUGAGUUUGGGGGAAUAUCUUGGUUACGCUGAUGCUAUAUUCUUUCCCAACAGUUCAAAGUGGAAGGUUGAGUUGGCAAGCCUUCUCUAAGAGUUUAGGAUUGGUGGCUCUCCUAGAAUAAGCCCCUUUUGCUGAUUCUCUAAAUUGUAAAUCCUUUUGAGAUUGGGACUCAGCCAAAGAGUAUUUGUGAUCAAAAGAGUUCUGUUCUUGGAACUAGAUUACUAACUGCCAAAGACUCUUGCCUGAUGCUAACAUGUAUGUAAAAACCACAGCAGACUUGAUCUGCUACCCUGGUGCAUUUGCUCAUCUGUAAUAACCUGUUUGUAAGAAUUGCUGCAGAGGGAGUCAAGUUGUAGCAAAUGCUGGACCCAAUUUCUACAUCUCUUCUUACUGUUCUUUUUUGCUUGGGGAAAGGGAGAAGGGGAGAACAUCUUAAGUAUGUUUUCAUAAGAGUCACUCGUUAACUUAUGGAGUCAUUUGCAAAAGAGCUCUGUAUACAUUGUAAUCAUUCCAUUUAUUGAUCACUCAUCAGAAAGUGGGGUGAUCCCUUUUCCUAAUUUGCAAGUGGAGUCACAAUUAAAUCUCAUCUGAAUCCUGUACCAACAA